CUUGUCUUUGCGUCGCGCACCAUGGCGCUGACGUCGUUCAAGUUCGCCCAGUCGUUUGGGGACAAGCAGCCCAUCGGCGAGGUGACCGAGGCCGACAUCAUCUCUACGGUCGAGUUUGACCACACGGGUGACUACCUGGCGACCGGCGAUAAGGGCGGGCGCGUGGUUGUGUUUGAGCGGUCGAACGAGAAGGUUGCGCCGUCGACGUCGUCGAAGCGCAAGUCUGACAAGUACGUGUCUGCCGAGUACGGGUUCUACGCCGAGUUCCAGUCGCACGAGCCCGAGUUUGACUAUCUCAAGUCGCUGGAGAUCGAGGAGAAGAUCAACAAGAUCAAGUGGUGCAAGCGGUCGAAUGCGGCGCACUUUUUGCUCUCGACAAACGACAAGACGAUCAAGCUGUGGAAGAUCUAUGACAAGAAGGUGCAGGAGGUGACGUCGACGAACCUCGACGGGCGGCGCGAUGCGUCGCUCUCGACGUCGAUUGCGACGCUCAAAGUGCCACAGCUUGUGACGACCGACACGGUGGUGGCUGCGACGCCGCGGCGGAUCUACGCCAACGCACACGCGUACCACAUCAACUCGAUCUCGCUCAACUCUGACGGAGAGACGUACCUCUCUGCCGACGAUCUGCGGAUCAACCUGUGGAACCUGGACAUUUCGUCGCAGUCGUUCAACAUUGUCGACAUCAAGCCCGAGAACAUGGAGGAGCUGACCGAAGUCAUCACCUCGUCCGAGUUCCAUCCGAUUUCGUGCAACAUUUUCCUCUACUCGUCGUCCAAGGGCAACAUCAAGCUCGCCGACAUGCGGCAGGCUGCGCUCUGCGACGUCCACGCCAAGAACUUUGAAGAGGCCGAGGACCCGUCCAAGAAGUCAUUCUUCUCGGAGAUCAUCUCGUCCAUUUCGGACGCGCGCUUCUCGCGCGACGGCCGCUACAUCCUCUCGCGUGACUACCUCACCCUUAAGAUCUGGGACGUCCGCAACGAGUCCAAGCCAGUCACCGUCCUCCCGGUCCACGACCAUCUCUCGGGCAAGCUGUGCGAGCUCUACGAGUCGGACGCCAUCUUUGAUCGCUUCGAGUGCUGCUGGGCUGGCGACUCGGGCAACGUCGCCACCGGCUCGUACGGUUCGCUCUUCCACGUCUACGACCGUGACGGCAAGACCGACAACGUUCUCGAGGCCUCCCGCAACGUUCAGCGCAAGUCGUCCUCCAAGAAGGGCCUCUCACGCCUUGGCCGCAAGCGCGACAAGCGCGCCGACCACGACAUCAACCCGGAUACCAUCGACUUUUCGUCCAAGGUCCUCCACCUCGCCUUCCACCCGCACGAGAACACCAUGGCCGUCGCCAACGCCAACAACCUGUACGUCAUCCACUCGUCGUGAGGCUUUCUAUCCUUCCCCUCCCCGUUUGCAGUGAACGAUCUAUCCGUCUA